UAAAGUGAUAUUGUGUAAAUGCAGGUGCAUUGCUGUCGGAUUUCAUCCAUUGGUAGAUUGCGAAGAAGAUACUUCUCAAAUGAAACUAAAACACGAAGUCAAGUCUUUACAUGGCGUAUUUCUGAAAUACGGGGUGGAUGCAUAUAUAAGUGGGCAGGCUUGUGCUGACAAUGUUGAGGAAAGACCUAUUGCAAAUUCCGAAAAUGGAACUGCCAGAUAUAAAGGACCUUUGCUGACUAAAAUGAAUCAGAACUUGCCCUGCUCUAUGGAAAAAGUAAAUGGAUUCCUCCUACACAAAGUCAGUGCUCUAGAGAUUGUAUCCUACUUAGUCACCUUGGAAGGUGAUGUUGUGCAGAAAAUUUUUCUCCAUCAAAGAGGCAAAGAUAUUAUGUAGAUACUCUAAAGCUCCGAAAAUCAUUUAGUCGGAACCAUUUUCUUCCGAUCCCCUUUUCUCGUUCUAGUUAUCGUCGUGGGAAAGAAUGAAGAAGAUUAGAGAUCCAAUCAAAUAUUGGUGAAGAAUCGUCGUUCUCGUCUUUCCAGAAUAAGGGAGGAAAGAAAAUUGGAUUCAAUGUUCGUGCUCAAGUUCGAAUUAACGGAAUAUUCUCCAUUUCAAGUCCACAAUUCUGGUGGUUUAAAUAAAAGGAAAUAGAUUUGGUAUAGGGUGUGUUUGGUCAGUGUGCUUCCUAACCUUUUUGAUUUGCCUUAGUUGAAAUUAUAUAUUUUUGCAAUUGUAAAUUGUCAAAUCUUUUAAGGUGCUUUGAGCAUGCUGGUGUUCAUUUUGAAUGUAACUGGAUUUAUAUAAGUUUUAUGCAAUGGGAUCAUUUGGUA